ACACACACACACACACACACACACACAGAGCACUGUAACGUUGUAACAUGGCUGUUAAAGAGUUUUACUUUUAUAGCAUAGGUGUGUUUGUGGGGUGGGUGGGGGGGGUAAAUAACCUCUGUGUCACUGAAGGAAAGGGGAAGUAUUUGCAUUCAUCUGGAGCAGUGUUUGUGUCCACACAUUCAAAGCAGUCUAGUAUUUAUUCUCCCUGAUGGGAUCAUCUGGGCUUUAUUGCUCCACUUUCUUCAUCCCCCAAGUCCCUCAAUAUCAGAAGACAAUAGUUGGGGUUGCUCGAUAUACCAUGUAAUUUGUUAAUUCUAUUUUUAAAGACAAUAUACACAUUGGUUAUUAUGAUUACAAGUGUUUUGAUAAUGAUUAUGACGAUAAUAACUUCCUGUUAUCAAGAUAUUAGUAGCAGUAGUGGUGGUUUAUUAUUAAGUGAAUAAUACUAUUGUAUUUCACUCGUGACUUUAAAACCAUAUAUCAUUUAUAUGUUUUCUUUAAUAUGAUUUCUUUCGAGAGAACAGGAGGACAUGUGGCCGUCUCCUUGUAGCCCUGCAUUUCCUACUCUGAAACCAAAGGGGAAGGACCUAUUGUUACAUUUGGACCGAUCCUGCUGCUCAAGGACACAUUCUCAGCUGUUCCACAACUGUCAGCCACGGACAAAGAGCAAUAUGAAUCUUCAGCACAUUGACAGUCACCCUAUCACUAUCCGGCUCCUCUUUCUCCUCUGGCUGCAUUUCACCAUAAUGCACUUGAACUUUAUCGCACGUCCUCCUGCUAUCUAUAGAGUCUGUUCUCAGAGCUGUGAGAAAACUCUGUCAGCUAGCAUCAGCUCUGGAUAGGAGGUGCUCAUUCACACUGGCAGUAAGUGGUGGAACACCACUGAUGCUGUACUUUGACCUGGAUCAGAGCUGUAUUAUUGUCAGUUUGCGUUUUAACUGAAAUGUAAUGACGAUCCAAAAUCAGGAAAGCGAUGGAGUCCAACAGCUGCUCAAGCUUCAGCCAGCAGCCAAGACAGCGUCAGCCCCCGGAAAAUCUGAGGGUCAACAUUGACGGCCGCUCUUUCGCUGUGGAUAAAACUAUUCUGUCUGAGAAAUGUGAGUACUUUAGAGCAUUGUUCCAGUCAGGAAUGAGAGAGUGCCAACAGGAAGAGAUCCAGCUGCAGUGUGUGGGGGUACUGGGCUUUCAGGUCAUGCUGCAGGUCCUGGGCGGGAAACACCCCAUGCUGAGCAGCGACCAGAUCGUGGAAGCCAUUGAGUGUGCGGCUUUCCUGCAGGUGCCGGCUCUCACCGAGCACUUGAUCAAUAUCGUAAAUUCUGAAAACUGUCUGCUCAUUUACCACACGGCUGCCACCUAUGGAGUGGGAGAGCUCUCCUACAGUUCAGCCUUAUUCAUCAGAGAUAUGUACCCUGAACUGAAGGAAGAAGUUCACACCUUACCCAAGAAGAUGGUAGACUACAUAGAGUCCCUUCUCCCGAGUAGCUACAUGGCAGUGUGCAGCCACUCACCAUCCACUGAGCAGCUGAAGGAUCUCCAGAGGACUGUCUGCUACCUGGACGAAGACAACAGCGAGUGGAAGGUCCUGACUCAUCUACCUGUGAGCACAAGUACCACAAUGGCCGGUGUGGCCGUCCUGGACAACAAACUCUACAUCAUCGGAGGAGUUCAUGAUAUAACCAAAGAAGGUAGUGGGAGAACGGGUUUCUGUUACAAUCCUGCAGCAAACACAUGGGUCCUCCAUCUGUGA